UUGCAAGGAUACCUACUCAGCAAAGUACAAACAGAAUCAGCACAGACCAGACACCUGUCUUCACCAUGAAGCUAAAAGGUGCCUUUGUGUUCCUUUCCCUGGCAUUUUGCUGCUUCAUUUUAGGCGUCACCACUCAAGGUGGGAGUCAGCCUGACUGCAGUAAAUACAAAAAUCCAGAUGGAACCUGGAUAGGAGGCUGUCCAAGGAACUAUGCACCAGUCUGUGGAACAGACGGCAUCACUCACAGCAAUGAAUGUUUGCUGUGUGAAAAAAUCUGGGAAACUGGAGUCCCCAUUGGCAUAAAGCACAGAGGAGAAUGUUAGCACAAUGGAUGAAUAAUGGAUGAAUUGGUGUAAAGCACAAAUAGGAGGUGUUGUAAUACCUCUAAGCAAAGACAGUCUCAAAUCAUCCUGUGCACCAGGGGUUCCUACUGGCUUCCUUGUGUCUUAUGUUUGUUCAAUAAAGUAAACUAAAAGGUU